AUGCCUGAAUACAAGGGAGUCUGCCACUGCGGUGCCACCGAAUGGACCGUCGAAAUCCCCGAGGAGAAGCACAUUCUCUGCCACUGCGGCGCCUGCAAGUUGAUGGGCGGCGGUGAAUUCACCUUGAACCAAAUCAUCCCCAAGUCCAACUUCCACCUGACCAAGGGAGACCUGAAAGUCUAUUCCUACAAGGGCGAUUCGGGCAACUCGGUUGAUUGUUUCAUGUGCCCCAACUGCGCGGCCUCGCCUUACCACCACCAGCAUGUCAUGGGCGAGAAUACCAUCGUCAUCCGAACGGGUCUGUUGAAGGGAUCCGAGAAAUGGGGCAAGCCCGCCGCAGAGAUCUACGGCAAGGAUCGGGCUUCCUGGCUUCCUCAGACCGCCGACGCCAGCUUCCCCGAGGUGCCUCCUUCGUAG